AUGAACGGUCAUUAUGCAAAUUAUGACAAUCUUCUAAGCGAGCUACGAAAUACCAUCAGUCAGAAAAGCGAUGAUGAUUUACAAAAAUUGUAUCAUAAUCCCGACGAGAUAAACAAGUUCGUUACCAAUCUAAACGAAAUGCAACAUAUAGAAACGAUAAAAGAAAGUUUGAAACUCAAUAUCAACCGUCUCGCAAUCGAUAAUCUAGAUAAGGAACCGGUCCUUUCUGACGAAAGAGAAAAACUUCGAGAAGUAUAUGACGAACUCAACAAAGCCAAAGAAGAAUACAAUCUUGUUCGGCAACAAUACGAAGAGCGAGUCGGUGAGAACAAUCCAGAAAUGACAUGGGUACUUUUGCAAACAGCGGCAUCUGAGCUUGAACGUACUACCGAGGAGACUGCUGAGGACUUCUUCUAUGGUGCAAAAAGUGAAGAUGAAGUCACUGAUUUCGAACGUCGUUUUAUCGAAAAUCGCAAACGAGCACAUGAAUUGAAAAUCAAAGCUGAAAAAUUUCGUGAAUUACUACACACGUCUUCAGAUAACAUGCCUGGUGCAAAACGUUCAGCUAAGUCAGUGUCAUAUACAGAGAUUGAUGACGAUGAUGACUUUGUUUCGAAGAAAACUCGUAGCUCAAAAGAGAAGCAAGAGAAAAAUGAAACUAAAUCGUCGACUCGAGUACCACCACGAAAACGACCAGAAAAAUUAUCAAAAGUUGAACAAGAAGAGAUCGAUCUGGCUCUCAAACUUUCGAAAGAAGUCGAAGUUUCAAUUGAAAUUCCAGUUAUGAUCGAUGAUACUCAAAGUAUAACUAGUCAAUCAACAGAAUCAAGUCUAGAUAGCAAAGUAACGACAGAGAAAAAAUCUGAUGAACAGGAUGAAGAUUUCUCACCAAAAAGCAAACGAAUCAAAAGAGAAGAAGAGGAAGUUGAAGAUGAAGAUGUCGCUGAAAGUGAACCUAGUAGUGAAGAAGAAGAAGAAGAGGAAGAACCAACACCUGAAAAGAAACCACUUCGUAAAUCAAAGGAAACAACAAAAACAUCAGAAGCAUCAUCAAUUACACCAAUCGAUCUCAAUUCAGCUCGAUCAACAACACGUGCUCAACAAAAACCGACAACCUUGUCGAUUGAUGUCGUCAAGAAGAAAUGCAAUACACCAUUAGGCUUUCCAACAAGUAAAAUCGUUAUUCCAACUAGUCAACCAUCUCGCGUUGGUUUAUCACGAAACUCACAUACGAUUAAACCACUUCAUCCAAAUCUCAAUCAACGUAUUGUUCAUGAAAUUUUUAGAUCUAUACAUUCCGUCAUGUUCUACAUAUAA